AUGAAGGGCGCCGCGAUCACCUCCGCCGCCGUGGCCUUUGGCCUCGGUGCCUCGACCACCGCCUUCCUGAGCCCCCACAUGGGCGCCGGCCGCACGCAGGCGCCCCUGGCGCAGGCCGGCGCCGAGCCCGCGGAGCUCCGCGGCUCCGCGGCCUCGGAGCCCGCGCGCGGCGCCGCGGCAACCGGCCUCGCCGCGGCCGGCUGCGUCGCCGCCCUGGCCGGCCUCGUCGCGCGGCAGUCGCUCUCCGCGCCGAAGAAGCCGUCGAAGCCCCGCCAGGUGGCCAUGACCGCUUUCGAGAGCGAGACCGGCGUCCAGGCCCCCGUCGGCUACUGGGACCCGCUGGGGCUCAGCGCGGACGGGGACGUGGCGACCUUCAAGCGUCGCCGGGAGACCGAGCUGAAGCACGGCCGCGUGGCAAUGUACGCCACGAUGGGCUACAUCACGCCGGAGUUCUACAAGUGGCCGGGCUACCUGAGCCCUUCUUCUGGGCUCAAGUUCGCGGACGUGCCGAACGGGCUGGCCGCCUGCAGCAAAGUGCCCGCCGUGGGCUGGCUCCAGAUCAUCCUCUUCGCCGGCGCCUUCGAAGCGGGCUUCGGCUACGACGCCUACACUCGUGGUGGCGAGCCCGGCAAUUACGGCUGGAAGGCGCUCACGUCGGAUGACCCCGCAGUCCUGAAGAGGAAGCUGAAUUCCGAGCUGGCGAACGGGCGCCUGGCCAUGAUGGCCAUCAUCGGCAUGUUCUACCAG